UGCUGCCCAGUCCUGCACCGCCGAGGCGCUCGAGGUGCGUUCGCCCUCGUGGAGUUGAGCUGAGUGACUCUGGCUGAAGUUAGCGCCCGGACGCUGGGCAAACAGACACGUUGCCAGGAGCGAGAACUAGGUGCCUUCUUGCAGUUGUGAUUCCAAGAACCUGUGUCUACUGACCCGCGGACCCCCAGCUGGCCAGCCGUCGCCCUUAGCUUUCUUUGUGUGGCUCCCGACGCCCCCGUUCACAGCCGGACCACAAGAGCCCGGGUUCAAAGCGGUGGUACCGCGCCGCCACAUCCCCAGCCAGCGCUCGCGCCGCGCCUCAGUUUCCCUACUCGGCUCGGUCUAGCCGCGGCAGGAUGAUCGCCUCGCAUAUGAUCGCCUGCUUAUUCACGGAACUCAACCAGAACCAAGUGCAGAAGGUUGACCAGUAUCUCUACCACAUGCGUCUCUCUGAUGAGACACUUCUAGAGAUUGCUAGGAGGUUCCGAAAGGAGAUGGAGAAAGGGCUUGGAGCCACCACUCACCCUACAGCUUCUGUGAAAAUGUUGCCCACGUUUGUGAGGUCGACCCCAGAUGGGACAGAACAUGGAGAGUUCCUGGCUCUAGAUCUUGGGGGAACCAACUUCCGGGUGCUUCGUGUGAGAGUGACGGACAAUGGGCUCCAGAGGGUGGAGAUGGAGAAUCAGAUCUACGCCAUCCCUGAGGACAUCAUGCGGGGCAGUGGCACCCAGCUGUUUGACCACAUUGCUGAAUGCCUGGCCAACUUCAUGGAUAAGCUACAAAUCAAGGACAAGAAGCUUCCACUGGGCUUUACCUUCUCAUUCCCCUGCCACCAGACGAAGCUCGAUGAGAGUUUCCUGGUCUCAUGGACCAAGGGGUUCAAGUCCAGUGGGGUGGAAGGCAGAGAUGUGGUGGCUCUGAUCCGGAAGGCCAUCCAGCGGAGAGGAGACUUUGAUAUUGACAUUGUGGCUGUGGUGAAUGACACAGUUGGGACCAUGAUGACCUGUGGUUAUGACGACCAGAACUGUGAGAUCGGUCUCAUCGUGGGCACCGGCAGCAACGCCUGCUACAUGGAGGAGAUGCGCCACAUUGACAUGGUGGAGGGCGACGAGGGGCGGAUGUGCAUCAACAUGGAGUGGGGGGCCUUCGGGGAUGAUGGCAUACUCAAUGAUAUCCGCACCGAGUUUGACCAAGAGAUUGACAUGGGCUCACUGAAUCCUGGGAAGCAGCUGUUUGAGAAGAUGAUCAGUGGGAUGUACAUGGGGGAGCUGGUCAGGCUCAUCUUGGUGAAGAUGGCCAAGGAGGAGCUGCUGUUCCAGGGGAAGCUCAGCCCAGAGCUCCUCACCACUGGCUCCUUUGAGACCAAAGACGUGUCAGAUAUUGAAGAGGAGAAGGAUGGCAUCCAGAAGGCCCAUGACGUGCUGGUGCGGCUGGGCCUGAAUCCACUGCAGGAGGACUGCGUGGCCACUCACCGCAUCUGUCAGAUCGUGUCCACGCGCUCAGCCAGCUUGUGCGCAGCUACUCUGGCCGCUGUGCUGUGGCGCAUCAAAGAGAACAAGGGCGAAGAGCGGCUGCGCUCCACCAUCGGGGUGGACGGCUCCGUCUAUAAGAAACACCCCCACUUUGCCAAGCGUCUCCACAAGGCUGUGCGGCGGCUGGUACCCGACUGUGAUGUUCGCUUCCUCCGGUCUGAGGAUGGCAGUGGCAAAGGGGCAGCCAUGGUGACAGCAGUGGCUUACCGGUUGGCUGACCAACACCGAGCUCGAGAGAAGACCUUGGAGGCUCUAAAGCUGAGCCAUGAGCAGCUACUGGAGGUCAAGAGAAGGAUGAAGGUGGAAAUGGAGCAAGGUCUGAGCAAGGAGACGCAUGCUGUGGCCCCAGUGAAGAUGCUGCCCACCUAUGUGUGUGCCACCCCUGAUGGCACAGAAAAAGGGGACUUCCUGGCGUUGGACCUUGGAGGAACAAAUUUCCGGGUCCUGCUGGUGCGUGUGCGCAAUGGGAAGCGUCGGGGAGUGGAGAUGCACAAUAAGAUCUACUCCAUCCCGCUGGAGGUCAUGCAUGGCACUGGGGAGGAGCUCUUUGACCACAUCGUCCAGUGCAUUGCAGACUUCCUGGAGUACAUGGGCAUGAAGGGCGUGUCCCUGCCUCUAGGUUUUACCUUCUCCUUCCCCUGCCAGCAGAACAGCCUGGACGAGAGCAUCCUCCUCAAGUGGACAAAAGGCUUCAAGGCAUCUGGCUGCGAGGGUGAGGAUGUGGUCACCCUGCUGAAGGAAGCGAUCCACCGGAGAGAGGAAUUUGACCUGGAUGUAGUUGCUGUGGUGAAUGACACAGUUGGAACUAUGAUGACCUGUGGUUAUGAAGACCCUCACUGUGAAGUUGGCCUCAUCGUUGGCACAGGCAGCAAUGCCUGCUACAUGGAGGAGAUGCGUAAUGUGGAGCUGGUAGAUGGAGAGGAAGGGCGAAUGUGCGUAAACAUGGAGUGGGGGGCCUUUGGGGACAAUGGAUGCCUGGACGACUUCCGCACGGAGUUUGAUACAGCUGUGGAUGAGCUGUCUCUCAACCCCGGCAAGCAGAGGUUUGAGAAGAUGAUUAGUGGCAUGUACUUGGGUGAGAUUGUCCGCAAUAUACUCAUUGACUUCACCAAGCGUGGGCUACUCUUCCGUGGCCGCAUCUCAGAGCGCCUCAAGACAAGGGGAAUCUUUGAGACCAAGUUCUUGUCUCAGAUUGAGAGUGACUGCCUGGCCCUGCUGCAGGUCCGGGCCAUCCUGCGCCACCUGGGACUUGAGAGCACCUGUGACGACAGCAUCAUCGUGAAGGAAGUGUGCACGGUGGUGGCGCGCCGGGCCGCCCAGCUCUGCGGCGCGGGCAUGGCUGCUGUGGUGGACAAGAUACGUGAAAACCGCGGGCUGGACACCCUCAAAGUGACUGUGGGUGUGGACGGGACUCUCUACAAGCUACAUCCUCACUUUGCUAAAGUCAUGCAUCAGACUGUGAAAGAUCUGGCUCCGAAAUGUGAUGUUUCCUUCCUGGAGUCCGAGGAUGGCAGUGGGAAGGGAGCGGCUCUCAUCACUGCUGUGGCGUGCCGCAUUCGGGAGGCUGGACAGCGGUAGAACCUCAGAAACCAAAAAGGACUUCUGCUCCCCAUCGUCUCUGUUUUAAAAGGUGUCACCCUCCGUGUGGGAGAUAGGCCCCAUGGUAUUUCCUUGGCAGAGAGAACCCUGUGGCACUGGGUUUUGUCUGUGCAUAAAUUCAUUGUAGAGUUUGGCACCCAAUCCUUGGCCUUCCUGAGAUUCACAACACCAUCCCACUUGUUCUCUUAAACCUUAAAUUCUUAAUCUUUAGCCACACCCCUGGCCCUAUACCAUACUUGCAGAGUGGGGACCAUCUUGAAGAUGUGAUUGCCUCACCUUGGAGCUGAGUGAGAGUGACAUUUGGAGACGGGGAGCAUCCCCUGCGUGGAUGUUAAUAAUGUUCCUCUCGUCAGGCAGACGUGGGAAGGAAGAGGAAUGUAGGCGGGUGGACAUCUCAUGGAUGGCCCACACGGUGGUCCUUCUCUAACUUACCCAUAAGCAUUGUCUUAUGGGUCCCAGCAUUUGCCAUUCCUGGAAGCAAGAAAUCCCAUGCCUAGGCAAACCAAAGCCUAGUUGACACAUCCUACAAGAAUGCUCGUGGCUGCCUCUCACCGUGGUUGCCCUCAUCAUCUGUGAGCAGCGGACCUCUGGGGAAUAGGGAGCCUUUUGGUGUGUUUAACCUUUUUUUUUCCUGUAAAAGUGGAAACACUGUAUUUUCAUUUUAAUUUAUGUUUGAAAUUUAUUUAGUUCAUGAAGUAGGUCUGUCCUUCAUCAUGUAACAGUGAAUUGUAUGUAAUGUAUUUAUAUAUCACUUUGUUCUGUAUAUAAAUAGGCCAGGUCUCCUCAGACUCUGCCUCACCCAUACAUCAGUGUAGUUUAGGAUGUGAGGUGGAAAUGCUGACUAGUUCCUAGACAUACCUCAUUUGCCUGUGAGAAGAGAAGAGAGAGAAGUCCAGCCUAUUCAGGUGGGUGAGCGGCAAAACAUCUUCCUGGCCCCUGCUUCCUCUGCACUCCUGAAGUGUGUGGAAAGAAAGGAUGGAGACUGAGGCUGGGCCUGUGGGUCUGGACGCUUGCCCCAGUGAUACCAUAUGGAAUGUUAACCAAAGGAAACAUUUCACUCACUGCUUAGAAGACUGGUCAUGGGGAAGUCCAUGUUUUAAAGAGGUUUAACAGGAUAAUGAAAGCCAACAACAAUUUUUAAAAAUUAAUCCUAAUAAUCAACAAAAAGCAAAAUGAACCAAUGAAAUAACUUAGCCAAAUGAAACCUCAGGGACAUUUUUGGGGUUUUUAUACUUGCCUAGCAAAUUUUACCUAGAGGUUGUUUUGUAAAUGUUUUACAAGAAGCAUUGUCUGUCUGCUUCUCAGGACUGAGCUGCCAUUGGCCUGCUGCCCCCCCCCCCCCUUUUUAAUUUUUUAUACAUGGUAUUUAUUUCAAACUGUUGGCAGGAAUGGGAGAGACAUAAAAGCCCCAUGCUUUAGUCUCCGAAUGUGUAGUUAAUUCUGCAUCUGAAAGCCCACUUCUGCCUGAAAUAAGAGCAACUACAGACAUUAAACCAGAUAAGAGGGAAUGCCCUUGUGACAGCAUAUAGGACACACGGAUCAGAGCAGAAGGAUGGAGAGAAAUUCACAACUCUGUUUCACCCAGGUUUUGCUCAUUUUAAAAACUUGUGCACGAACAAUACCUGGUUAUCAUUUCUGAGCAGGGUGGGGUAUAAGGAAGUACAGACUUGGCAGAUCUGCCUUGGAGGCACAAAGGACAAGGCAUAGGUCCUGAUUUGUUCCAGGCUUGCACUGCCUAUCUGACACAGCUUCUCAGCUGCCCCAAUCUGCAGUUCCUAAUGCAAAAUAUGAGUGUGUCCAAUGACAAUGAAAGCCAAAGGCCACCUGUAAAUCUAUGAGUCACUAAAGGGUCCCCACAAAUUACAGGUGAAUUUUAACUUAAUUUUAACCUUUGAUUCUGAUAUUUGAAAACUUGAAAAUUAAGCACUGUCUAUGAAAUGGCAUGUUUUUAAAAAUGAUUGCAAUGACUAUGUGGCUGGCUGUUAGAAGUGGAGUAGGCUUAAGUGACAUGGGGCAGCAUACACAAUGAGGGCCCUUUCUUCAUGCUGCUCUGUUUGUAACACAGUGGGUCUGAAGCUUUGCUGGGUGUGCCAAGUGUACAUCAUCUGGAAGCCUCAAGCACUCACACUAGUGAAGGUGGUGUCACUAUGUACAAUAGAGAAUUAGUUGAAUUAACUAUGUGAUGUUAACUAUUAUUAAUAAAUUUUAA